CGGGGGAGGAGGGUGAGCGAAGCUCGAGCGUGCGCCCUCGGCAGACACUCAAGCGCAAAAGACACACGGCUCAUCCGCUCACCUCCCCAUUGACGUCAGUCCGGUGUCACAUGAACGAGCGAGGACCAAUCGGCUCGGCGCUGCCGGAGAGUGCUGGCUGCUUUACACCAAGAUAGGGGGAAAAGACUGAAUAAAAGGAAACCGUGCCAGUUAGCUUGUAAUGACCACAAAAUCCCACGGAGGAGCCCACGGUCGCCGCCAUUGGAUACUCGUCCCGUUUCCUCGUGAAUCCCGCACGUUUCUCGCUGUGGAUUAUUGCGUUUGGAGCCAGGGCGGACGGAAUGGAUAAGGCCAUGGCCCUAACAUAUUGAGUAGCUCGUUGGUGGCGGUGGUGGAGGGGGAGGCGAGACGCGCACCGUGGAGACAAUUUAUGGGGCAUUGUGCGGGGAGGAAAAUGGUGGAUUAUUUGCAGUGUGUCACGAAAAUCUCCCCACAUCUGGAUCUCCUGCCUUGAGACACUGAUCGGUGGCGUUUCUGCGCCUGUCUACAGUAACCGAGGUCGUGUUGUAGCAGUUGGUUGGUAGGUAGGUACCCCCCUCACCCCCCACCCCCAAGCUCGAUCUGAACGACCUCAUUUAAAAAAAAAAAAAUUAUUAUUAUUAAUAUUGGUUUUUUACAUAUUCAUGUCGGAUUGUCGUGUCGUGGCGACGCGCUCACUCUCCCCUCCUUGAGAGCAGAAACUGUUGGAUUACAGACAACUAUGGAUUUCACCAGCGGCGGCGGCGUUGAAGGCAGCGAGCCGCACAACAAUCAGUUCUACCAGUGCGAGGAGAACAAGCCUCUGCUGGCGGACAUGUCGGAGAGCAAUAACAACACGAAGCUGGGCGCGGGGCCGUGCAAGAGGUCCCUGCAUCACUGCAGCAGCAGCGGGAUGCGAUACAAGCUGCUCCAUGAGGGGGACAUCCAGGUGUGCGUGGUCAAACACCCCCGCACCUUCCUCAGCAAGAUCCUCACCUCCAAGUUCCUGCGGAGAUGGGAGCCGCAUCACCUCACACUCGCGGACAGCAGCCUGACUUCGGCCACGCCCACCGGUUACAUGGAGACAUCAUUGCCCUACAGCUCCAUAGAGGACCUGCAGCUCCUCUCUUGGGACAAUGCCCCAAAGUACUGCGUGCAGCUCAGCUUCCCUGGUGGCACCGUCCUGCUGCAGGCUGCAAACAGCUACUUGAGGGACCAGUGGUUUCACUCCCUGCAGUGGAAGAAAAAGAUCUACAAGUAUCGCAAGGUCCUAAACAACCCGAGUCGCUGGGACGUGGCGCUAAAGGAGAUCAGAGCGCUGGUGGACAUGGCUCUGACCUCACCGCUGCAGGAUGAAUCCAUCCACCAAGCUCCACUGCACAUCAUCUCCACCCUGCUGGCUGAGAACUCAAACCUCAGUCCUCAGGAUCAUGAAAACAUCAUCGUGGCCAUCGCUCCUCUUCUGGAAAACAACCACCCUCCACCUGAUCUGUGCGAGUUCUUCUGUAAGCACUGUCGGGAGCGACCGCGGUCGAGCGUUGUGAUCGAAGUGUUCACUCCUGUGGUUCAGAGAAUCCUCAAACACAACAUGGAUUUCGGGAAGUGUCCUCGUCUGCGUCUCUUCACUCAGGAGUACAUCCUGGCUCUUAAUGAGCUCAACGGUGGAAUGGAGGUGGUCAAGAAGUUUAUUCACAGCAUGCACGGGCCCACAGGCCAGUGCCCUCACCCACGUGUCCUGCCAAACCUGGUGGCAGUGUGUCUGGCUGCCAUUUAUUCCUGUUAUGAGGAGUUCAUCAACAGUCGGGACAACUCCCCCAGCCUGAAGGAAAUCCGAAACGGCUGUCAACAGCAGAACGACCGCAAACCCCCGAUGCCGCUACGCCUGCUGCGGCCCGAACCCCCAACGCCACCUCCUGCCACCAUCCUACCGCUCUCUACCACCCCCAGUCCUCCUCAGCCACCUCCCCCAGCCCCCACUAACCCCGUGGCUCCAACCAUCCCCAUCUCCUCUCCGACGUCCUCCCUGCCGCUCUCUCCUCCUCCCUCCGUCGUCAACUCCAGCGAGAUCCUGGUGGAGCUAGAGCGGAACAACAAUUCGGCAAACACCAAGCGGAAGGGCGGGCCGACGAGGGGCGACAGCGAACCCAACCUUAUCGACUGUCUGCUGGUCAGCCCGGCCGUCAACACGCUCUCCAUCCAGCUGCCGGCGCAGGCUGACCGAGUGCUGGGCUGCUUCGCUCUCAUCCUCAAGAUGCUGUCAGACUAUGACGACUGGAGACCUGCUCUGGCCAGCCUGCUGCAGCCCAUCCCCUUCCCUAAAGAGGCUCUUGCACAUGCCAAAUUCACAAAGGAGCUGAAAUAUGUCAUUCAGAGGUUUGCAGAGGACCCUCGGCAGGAGGUCCACUCCUGCCUGCUCAGCGUGCGUUCAGGGAAAGAUGGCUGGUUCCAGCUCUACAGUCCAGGAGGCGUGGCCUGUGAUGACGACGGAGAGCUCUUUGCCAGUAUGGUUCAUAUCCUGAUGGGCUCCUGCUAUAAGACCAAGAAGUUCCUCCUCUCUCUGGCUGAAAAUAAGCUGGGCCCCUGCAUGCUGCUGGCCCUCCGUGGAAACCAAACCAUGGUGGAGAUCCUGUGUCUGAUGCUGGAGUACAACAUCAUUGAAAAUAAAGACACCCAGCUGCAGAUCAUCUCCACCCUGGAGAGCACCCAGGUGGGGCUCCGCAUGUACGAGCAGCUCUGCGACCGACAGAGAGAGCUCAAAGAGCUGCAAAGAAAAGGAGGCCCUACCCGGCUGACUCUGCCCUCCAAGUCCACGGAUGCGGACCUGGCCCGCCUGCUCAGUUCAGGUUCUUUUGGGAACUUGGAGAACCUGAGCCUGGCUUUCACCAAUGUCACCAGUGCCUGUGCUGAGCAGCUCAUCAAGCUGCCUUCACUCAAACAGCUCAACCUCUGGUCCACACAGUUUGGGGAUGCAGGACUGAGGUUGUUAUCCGAGCAUCUGGCCUGCCUUCAGGUUCUGAACCUGUGUGAGACUCCCGUCACUGAUGCUGGUCUCCUGGCGCUCAGUUCCAUGAAGAGUCUGUGCAGUCUGAACAUGAACAGCACCAAGCUCACAGCAGACACAUACGAGGACCUCAAGGCCAAACUGCCUAACCUGAAGGAUGUUGAUGUUCGGUACACUGAAGCAUGGUGAUCGGCCAAGCUUUCAGCAGCCCCUUUACAUGCCGAGACACACACAAGCACGAUCACACACAAACUCACACAUUACAUCGACGCCAUCAUUACACCAGGAACCCUAACAUCACCCGGCCUGAGGAUCACCCCGUCUGAUUAGACGCUUGCUAUGAGGAGGAGCCGUCACCAGUUUCAUCACCGAUCCCACAAAGUGACACCGUCACCGGGAAGGAACUUUGUGAAACUCAUCGCUCCUCUUACCUCGAAGGCCCUUGUUGUUUUUUUGUUUUUUUACAAACGACAUCAGAGAACGAGAGGACCCGAUGUACUGAAAUACUGGAACCCUGCUCUCUCUGUCCUUACCCUUUGCCUCGUCCUUUCAUACGUAGUCUCUCAGUUUUCAUAAUCACUCUUGUUUUUUUCCCUCUCUGCGUGUGCACCUCAUAAUGAAAUCCAGAAUCGAGGAAGGCUCCACCUCCCCGGAGCCUCUCGCUGGCGUUUGCCCCUCAUGGAACGAAGGCCGGACGCAGCAGCUCGCCUUCCAGUUCGUCUUUGAUCCGAUCCACGAUGUAGCUCUCCCGACGGACGCGGUCAACUGUUAUCGAGUCCUCGCUCUCUCUUUGCUGUCAGUUUUCGGGAUCAAAUUCCGGCCUUUUCCAAUCUUUCACUGGGAAAAUGAGGUGCUACCUCAGAGAAAAGAAGACUGUGCCUACUCCUCAUGUACAACUCGCGAAAAGGAGAAAAAGAAAACAAAAACGGUUUUUAUCAACUUGAAUUAACAUAUUUUUCCAGACAUCUGUGCUUUCAUAUAUUGUGUCUUUCUAUAGAAAACAUAAGGAGAUGCCCACCUCCCUCCCCAUCACCUCCCCAACGAUGACAUUUUGGGAGCUUUGCAGGAAUGUCAAGGGUGAUGGCAAUAUUUGGUCCUUUUUAAAUUGCCUUCAGUGUACGUGCUGAAGCUCUCCUGUUUCUAUUUAAUAGGACAGUUGUGUAGCAGUAGCUGGGUGGUCUGGGACUGACUGAUAUUUAUAAGUUGUCUUUAAAACCUCUGACACAUUGUCUUUCCUGGAUUUCGUUGGGAGGUAUCAAAGUACACAGCUUUUUGGGGUUUUUUGCAUCGCAUUAUCCAAGAAGCCCUCGCAGGUCGCCGCCGCACAUGGACGUCCAUGUACCAAAGCCGCGGUGGCAAACUUCAGAGUGGACUUCUGAAAUCGGACCUGUUUGAACCAGACCCAUCACCAGCUGAGAGUUGUAUAUUUUCAUAUCCCCCUCUCGUUUUUGGUCCCCGCCGUGCAGGUGCUUUGGGAUGCUUUUGAAGCAAAGAACUCGCCAAACGUCUUUCCUCUGCUUUGUUUUUUUUGAGGCAAACCUGAGCGUGGUGUCGCCCCCCUGAUGCCGUUUGCCUCUCCGACCCCCUGUCCUGAGCGGAGGAGUCGCAGUGCCUCUAGCGGAUGAGUCACUUGUCUUUUUACCUGUCCCACGACCUGUUUUGAAUCACUCUGCUGUAUUUAUAUUACGCCAUAUCACGUGGAUGACAUUUUUAGGCUAAUUCUUAUCAGAGGAUGGGACAAAAUUCUUGUACAUAUUCGAUCACAAUAAGGGACGAGUAAUCGGGGAGGGUGGGGCACCUUCUAUUUGCCUGUGUACAUUCCCUCAAAGUGUUGCCUGUUUGUUGUGGCAGCGUUUCAUACGAUGUGGUAACUGCCCUGACACACUGCAAGUCUGUCAGGAUCUAUUCUCCCCGUGUGCGCGUGGUUUGGGCGGAUUUGUCUUGGAAACUCAAGGCAAGCGCAACUGCAUCCAUCCAUUUUAUUUAUUCGUGUCGACCUGGGCAACGCUCCAGAUGCUUGUUGAAUCAGAGGACAGGACGCCGUCCGCUACGAAGCGCUUUGUUUCCUAUUUAUUGGGUGCCACGACAGGUUUCUGUUUGGCCUGUAGGUGCGGUUUGUGUACGGCCAUCUUCGGGUCUAGCUUUAGGACAUCGUGCUCUUUUUCAUAUCCUGUAUGAUGUACAUAUGAGUGUAUAUAGUCGUCUCCUUCCUUUCUCUCUUUGAACCAUUUUUGAAUCCUCGCCCUUCUUCAUCUCCUCUCUGUUUUUCUCUCAGCCUCCUUUUCUUCGGCAGGCUGUUGUUGCCUUCAUCUUAAUGUGUGUGGUUGUUUUUGUUUUGUUUUUCUUCUUUUCACACAAAGUGCUCUGUAAUCUAAAAAAACUGUUUUCAAUGUGUGUUAUAUUUUAUGUUUCUCUCAUUCGAUCACUUUAAUCAAACAUUUGUUUCCGGUGUUUUUGUUGUUUAAGGUUUUUUGCACGUAAAUGUUGCCGCGUCAUCGAAUAUGUUUUUUCGUUAUUUUGUAAUUUUUGUUUUGUAAAAAUACCAUAAAGGGUUUGAUCACUAUCUCACCAGGCUGAGGACUGAAAUGGAGAGAUCCCAUCCGGCUGUUUUGUGAUUGGUCGUAGCCAGGAUCUACCCACGAGCCUGCUGUUUGAGGCAGUUAAAGCUUUAUUCAUGUUGAUUUUCUAAAACAGCCAAUGACACUUGGCGCCUUUGGACUGAAGCCGAGAUUUAAUCAUUUAAACGAUGGCCAUUUUUUAUAUCACGAGUCGUAUCGUAUGAGGAUCACGCUGACUGUGGUCAUAUUAAAUAAAGUUGGAGAUUCCACACAUCAGCGACCCGAUGAUUCAGUCUGAUUUUACUGCAGUUGUUUUUAUCCCCGAUGGUUUUGAAGGAUGAACGGUUUGACUCUAUUUUAAGAGUGACAUGAAGAAUCCUGAUACCAAUAUCACGUUUAUCUGGUUGACGUGAAGCCACAGCCAUCGGCUGCUUAGCUCAGCGUAUCAGGAGAAAUGGUUACCUUGACUUUAUCGAAAGGUAAAAUAGUCCUUCCAGUACAGAGUUUCAGAUAAUGAGGUAUGUGCGAGUAAUCCACGAGUUUCUUUUUUCUGGUCUAGGGUCUUUAUGAUGUCAUGCUGGAGGAGGGAGGAGCUAAAACAGACUAGAAGGGUUUUCUCGCACUGCUUCCAAGGCACACAAAGGACGGGGGAAGAAGUCUAAAUGGAUCAGAACUCCAGCUACGCUAUUAUUUUAAACAUCCUUGUUGCUAGACCAGUGUGCUUGUGGCCUUUAUGGGGGUUUUUACAGGGUGUAUGACUAAUGCCAUUAAAAUAAGAAAGCAGAAAAACAAACAUCACCUGGUGGUCUCCAGGUUGUGAUGCAGCUUUUAGGCUACAAGCAACCUGCAACACAACACUGAGCUUCAGUGCAGCGUAGCAUCGUUUUCCUCCAGAGACUGUACUAGUAGGGAAACUGGCUGAGGUAACGAGCUUGGCUGUAGCUUCACCCUUAAUCCCAGAGGUAAUUCAUCAAACUUGGCAUGAAAGCAGAUGAGCCCAUUUCCCACAGUGGGCUGUUUUGGGCCACGCUGACUUGUCCAAACUGUGAGCCUGGGGUCCAGCAUGUUGAGAUGAUUAUGUUUCUCUCUCUCUUUUUUUUUUUUAAGUGUUACUAUAGAACGUGCUGGUUGAAAAGUACCGUCUCUCCUGUUCGGCCAUGUCUCCUGUUUCCUGUGGAGCUCACUGAGCUUUCCUCCCCGUUCAUCUGUCACCUUUUUUAAAUAAGAAAAACAUUUUUUUGUAAAGUUUCUACCACACCUGCGUCAUGUACAGCUGUGCUCGAGUCUUAACCAUUGUUAUGGAAGGAACAGGGUCAGACAAACCUGACAGACUGAAAAAAUGCAACUACUUCAACUUUAUUUCCCAUUCCUUGUAGUAAAAUCAUUUUGUUGGCAGCUGGAAAAGGGGCGCCCAUCAUGUUUCUCUCUCUUUUUCAGUCUUUCGGUCGCAUUGAUCUGCUUCUCCUGCCGAGUUAUUAUUAUUAUUGCUGCUGCUGCUGCUCUGUGGCUGUUGUAAUAAAAAUACAAAAGAUCUUCAACAGGAAAAUAACAACUAUGAUGUGAAAUAAUUUCAAUCAAAAAUAAAUUGUCUGUGAAUAUGUUAUCAA